CGUAUCGCUUGUGAACAACCCUGCCCAUCAACCCCUAAACUCUGAGCGUGUCGCACCCCAGUCGCACGUUCCAAGUCCAAACAUCCACUUACUCCGGUGUGACGCCACGUUUUCGACGAUUGUGUGCAGGAAAGAUCUAAUUGGAAGAGAAGAAACCAAGUUCGGGCGUGGAAACCAACGGUGUGAAAGGGUUGUUGAUUAAUUUCGCAAGCAUGGAAGAGGGUAGGCGGCAGUGGAUCGGAAGGCAAGAGAGAAAAUGCACUUAUUGGCCAGCGUCUGCGUACUCAUAUUGAUCUGUGGCGGUGGCUGUGGAUUGUCUACGAGUGUCUACGGGUGGGACAUCUGAAACUUGUCCAAAAAUGUAUUUUUGUUUGCGGCUCGCGCGUUUUCUCCUCAUCUCUGCUGUUUUCUGCGUUGGUUUCUGCUCUGAAGAUGAGGAGAGGUUGGUGCGAGAUCUAUUCAGAGGGUACAACAAACUCAUCAGACCCGUGCAGAACAUGACGGAGAAGGUGCACGUGAAGUUCGGCCUUGCUUUCGUGCAACUGAUUAACGUGAAUGAGAAAAACCAAAUUAUGAAAUCGAACGUAUGGUUGAGAUUUAUUUGGACGGAUUAUCAAUUACAAUGGGAUGAAGCAGACUACGGUGGAAUUGGAGUUCUCAGGUUACCACCUGACAAAGUAUGGAAACCGGAUAUUGUACUGUUUAAUAACGCUGAUGGCAACUACGAGGUGCGCUACAAAAGCAACGUUCUGAUCUAUCCAAAUGGUGACGUUCUCUGGGUUCCACCAGCGAUCUACCAGAGUUCCUGUACUAUCGAUGUAACUUAUUUUCCUUUCGACCAGCAAACAUGUAUCAUGAAAUUUGGAUCAUGGACUUUCAACGGCGACCAAGUCUCUCUAGCCUUGUACAACAAUAAAAAUUUCGUCGACUUGUCCGACUACUGGAAGAGCGGUACCUGGGAUAUCAUCAACGUUCCAGCUUACCUAAACACUUACAAGGGCGAUUUUCCAACGGAGACAGAUAUCACUUUCUAUAUCAUCAUCAGACGCAAAACUUUAUUUUACACGGUGAACUUGAUUCUUCCAACGGUUCUUAUCUCUUUUCUCUGCGUGCUGGUAUUCUACCUUCCAGCAGAGGCUGGUGAGAAAGUAACGCUAGGGAUCAGUAUUUUGCUCUCGUUGGUCGUUUUUCUACUAUUAGUCAGCAAGAUUCUGCCUCCAACGUCUCUGGUGCUUCCACUGAUCGCUAAAUAUCUUUUGUUUACCUUUAUCAUGAACACGGUCAGUAUUCUCGUCACCGUGAUUAUCAUCAACUGGAACUUCCGUGGACCACGGACGCACAGAAUGCCACAGCUAAUUAGAAAAAUAUUCUUAAAGUAUUUGCCAACGAUAUUAAUGAUGAGGAGACCGAAGAAAACUCGUCUAAGGUGGAUGAUGGAGAUUCCGAACGUGACGUUACCAACUUCUACCUAUUCAGGAAGCCCGACAGAGCUGCCGAAACAUUUGCCAGCCUCGUUGACCAAAUCGAAGAUGGAAGUGAUGGAACUAUCCGAUCUUCAUCAUCCGAACUGUAAGAUCAAUAGGAAGGUUCACCAUACGACUAGCAGUUCUAGUGCCGCUGGUGGUGAGGGUUUGGCAGAUAGAAGAGGAUCCGAAAGCUCAGACUCUGUGUUGCUCAGUCCGGAAGCCAGCAAGGCAACGGAGGCUGUCGAAUUUAUCGCUGAACAUUUAAGGAACGAAGAUUUGUACAUACAGACGCGAGAAGAUUGGAAGUACGUGGCGAUGGUAAUCGAUCGACUGCAGCUUUACAUUUUUUUCGUUGUGACAACCACGGGUACCAUUGGGAUCUUGAUGGACGCACCUCACAUUUUUGAGUACGUGGACCAGGAUCGCAUCAUAGAAAUCUAUCGUGGAAAGUAAUUUCACGAAAUCUAGUCGAUUAAAGAAGGAAUGGCGUGCCAUUAUCGCAAUAAUUUUCAUUUUAUUUUCGUCUUUCGUCAUGUUCGAUUCUCUCUUUUGUAUACUUCACGAGUAUCGUAGAUCGAAUCGAGCACUAAAUGGAAAAGAUUAAUCUCGAAGCGUGGGCGAAGAAUAGAUAUAGAAAAUUUAAAAAACGUUGCUUGGACCGUUUUCACGUAGCAACUUAAAAGUUGCUGAUAAAGUUAUUUCCUCAUUUGUCAAAGUACAAUAUCGUUGAUUUCUAUUUAUUUUAUAGAAGAACAAAGGUACUUCAUGAAAAGAUCACGAAUCGAUGUUAAUAUUAUGAAAGUGGAAACAGGAACAACAUUUUCAUGGAUCUUUUAUAACGAUCAAUCCUUUCUUCAUUUUAUACUGAAGAACGACUAUCGAGGUUUCAAAUAUUACACUCGUGAAACUAUCAAGGAACGAAGCUCAACUGCACUCGUCAUACAACUACAUACAUAUAUUUCAUUCAUAAUACAUCAUAUAUCAGAUUUUGUUUCAAUUUGUUUACUCCACGUGUUGAAUUCUGAUUUUCUUCGAGUCUUAUAUUAUUCGCCACUUGAAAUUUAUAUUUUGUACGACACACGUUAGUUCGAAACAUUUCGUUUAUUCCUUAUGUUAAUCAUUAUUACAUCCACGAUUAUAAUUGUCUUCCUUGAAAAUCUUGGUCAUGAGUAUGCUGAAACGAGUGCGGAAUAAAUGUAAAUUGCGAAUCUAAUAUUAAAAUUAAUAUCCCAUUGACCGUGCAUCCUAGAUGAGUAAUUAGUUAGUCGGGAUUAAGAAUAAGCAUAGAGCGUAGAUAUCAAAUAAUUUUGAUAUUAAUCGUGCGAAUUACCGUUGCCAUUAUUAUAAUCUAACAGGACUCGUGUUUGAUGAUUCAUGCGACGCAAAACAUCGAAGGGCCGUAACAACGUUUACCAAUCAACAGAUACAUUUGAUUUUUCUACUUUAUAUUUGGGAAAAAAAAGUUGUCCGCUGUAUUCUCAUCUAAUUCACAUUAAUUAUUAGUCCAAAUUUUAUUUGAAUAUCGCUGAAAUUCAGAAACAGAAUCUUGCAAUUAGUCCGUCAGUUAAUUAAAUAAUACAUAAUUAUACAUAAUUUCCACAUUGAUACACACUCCAGUUCUUUGCAAAUUUUUCAAUGGAAUCACAAAGUUGUAUUCUUCGAUAGAGAUUUCAACAGUUAAUAAAAAAAAAAAAAAAGAAAAAGAGAAGAAAAGAAAAACAAUGACAAGGAAGGAGAAAUUGGCUGGUCAGAUUCGCUGACGUCACCGCGGAAGCGCACAUUAAAAGCACAAUGUCUCGGCCUUGCGUAUUUAACCGUUAUUAAAAAGGGAAGAAAAGUAAGAAAUUAUAUCGUACGUCAUAUACGAAGAUAUGAUACCCACGCUACAUGUAUAUUGUACAGAAAACUGUUAAAACGGUCAUGCUUUCUCUAAUAGAAAGUUUGUCUCAUACACAAAGAGUGUUUAUGGUUGUCGAUUUAACGAUCGUUGAUUUUCUCAUAUGUAUCGCCUACAGUUGUGCCUCGCGAAUCAUCCUCAUUGUUAUAUAUGAUGUUACUGUAUAUAAUACGUAUACGAUCUUCGAUUUUUAUUUCACUAAUCUCCAUUAUUCAGCGUAACGAAACACGCAUUUCAGUCUUAUUAAGCCACGCACGAUCAAAGCCGAUUUCUUUCCGAAUCGAAGUUAUCAUUCACAUCGAUCGAUCGAUGGGAAAACACUUCAAGGUAAUUGCAUGUCCUUUUGAUAAUUUUAUACGUAACGGUGAAAGGAGAAAGGCGUAUAUCAGUUUCCAACCUCCUUUCACGAGGGUUGAACGACCUGGACUUUUAUAAAAUUUUAAUAUCUACAGCGAGGGUAUACUCUGUGUGAAGGAAGGACGAUCGAUGGAAAAGGAUUUUGAGGUUCAGGUCAAGCGUGAAAAGAAUAUUGCCCGCGUUUUAACAAAAUUCAUCGUUGAACGUUUGUGAUUCGUUGUCCUCGAUGCUUGUAUGGAAACCUGAUGUGUAUGAGUACCUAUUCCCGAUUAGAGUAACGAGUUGAUAGGGUGACACGUGUCUUCCUUGAACGAGAUACAAUAACUAGAAUUUAGUCCUUCUAAGAAUGAAGUAAUUAGAUGAUGCUUAUUGAUUUCUAUACAUUUUACUUCCAUAUAUUUUAUAGCGUUGUUCACUCGUUGAAUGCGAAGGGUAAUUGUGUAAUGAGAAUCACAAUGAGACGAUUUUAAUGAAAAUUUUACGAACCACGUGAAAUUGGAGAUGCCAGUUUUAAAUAGUCAUCGGGUUAUGGAUGACUGUAUUUAAUAAUUCCUGUAUUUUGCUUGUGAAUAACUUCUUACCUAUUACAAUUGCAAAUCAAAGUUUAAAUAAGAAUCGAAUUUAGAAAACUUACAACUGGCACCUUCGAUUAACCCUAGAAUAUUAAUGCAAUUGAUUUUUGUGUCUUUUUUUCAUAGCUUUUCAUUUUUUAACAUUUUCCAGGUUAUAACCACUCGAUGAUAAUCCGUUAAGUUUUGAUAAUUUAGCGACUAUUGUGGACAUACACGUAUAUAAUUAUUACAAGUAAAAAUAAAUGCGACCAUUAAAAGAAAAAGGAAUGUAUCUAUCUAGUGAUGUCGGAUAUUCUGGGGUUAAUGUCAUUUUAUGUAUGUAGGGAUAUUUUAAAAUUAAUUGCGCUAACAUAAUGUUAUUGUUUAUACGUUUGUAUCUUGGAUUUAAUGUUUUUAAAUUUUUUAUCUUGCUAUACUAUUGAAAUACUUUAUUGAAAUAAUUUUUGUUAAUGUAUAUUAAUAUAGCGAAUUCUCGUUAGAUCAAGACGAUUUUAAUCGAAAUAAAUAUUCGUUUAAUAAAUCGAAAUUAAACGAAGAGAAUUUUUUUAAUGGCAGAUAAUACCAUAAGAUAAUACCAUAAGUUGUGGAUUCUCUCAUUGGUUCUCACGUGUAGCAAUUCGAAACUUGUUCCACCUGAACUGUACAUCUAGUUAUCGUUAAAAUUGAAUAAGUCGAAUUAUUUUAUCAGCGUUACAACAAUCAAAUGAACGUAUUGGAAUUUAUCGCACAAAAAGAAACGCAAUUAGAGCUAAUUAAUAAACA